ACAUAUGCGUUCACUCGGCAUAAAGUCAUUAGCGAAAUUAGAUAGGAAAAAGAGGAUUAAGUACAAAUACAUAAUUCAAACUGCAACAAACUUGGACAAAUAUCUCGAAAAUGUGGGACACUAUCACAUAAAAAGGUGUGGAGGACGUAAAUAAUUUCACUUUGUAAAGAACUCGUGGAAACUUUCUUUAAGGGAAGUAUGGCAGGUACAAGUGUUACACAUGUUGACGUUGCAAACAGUUGCAGCACAUUCAUUGCACAAGUUGCGAUUGUAAGCGAUAAAUUAAUGCCUGGGGAGUCCAAAUAGCCGGACUUUUUGAAAGAAUGGUACGUUUAUGCCGAAGUGAUAUGGAAACUGAGAACGGGAUUCUGACAGACGCAGUCGAUUGGAUAUUCCGAAGGACAUGAAGUUUAAAAUGCAAAUCCAGAAUUAUAAGGUAAAUUAGAGAAGUAGUUUAAAAAAAUAUAUUUUUUUAAAUGUCGAGCUACAUUUUUUCGAAACGAUUAAAGAAAGCGAAUUCAUUGAGUGAAUUGAGACACAAAAGCAUCGCGCUUUCCAGAUCUCAUGUGUCAUAUUUGUAAUAAUUAAUCGUGCUUGACUACUGAAAUCCCGUUUUAACAUUGACGGUUGCUACUUAGCCCACAUCUACUAUUUACUUUAAUCAGAAUGUUUAGUUCGCUCUCAGACGUUAAUUGCCCACAGCAAAACCUCAUUAUUAUACAGGUAAUGCCCUUCAAAUGUUUGCAACAUCAACACAACAAAAUCCCAGCAGGAGAGUCGGACUUCUUUCGAGUAAACACACUUGACUUCCUAAGUCUCAAAAUGAGAACUCAUUUACUUCUUCGAUGCCUAUUUUGCACCAAUCUUCAAUCAGUUUGAAAUGAUUUCUAGUCUUUUAUGUUACACCGUGGGUACUAUGUUAUUUCUAUUUGAAAGACUCCUCAGCAUCUUUCUAACUAUUUCUAAUUAGCUUUGUCGUCUUCAUAACUUCGCUAACGGGCUUCCACCAGUCACGGACGACUGGAUAAUCCAAUGCGUGAUUUAAACUACAAUUAAAGCAGAGCCAGAUUACAUGCUGAAUUAAAACAGCAGUAAAAACAACCUUCUGUUAAUAAUCAAAGUACAAUGCACUUUUGCUGAAACGGAAGAAAAACUACAGUGAAGGGAGGCCAAUUAUUUCUGGGUAGUCCUCAUCCUUAUCACACCGUUAAAGAGCUUCCGUCUGUAACGGACGAAUGAAUAUUCCAGUAAUUAUGAAUUAAAAAAAGAACUAAAAUGACAUGAAGAAUUAGCGCGGCAGUAAAAAAGAACUCUGUCGAGAGUACAAUUGGCGACGGUACAAUUUUACUGAAACGGAAGAAUAAACAAAAACAUAAAACCAGGAAGGAACUUUAACUCACACAUCCUUAUGAGUUACGGAGAUUUAAGAUAGAAGCAAAGACUGUAUGUGCAAAUAUGAUGCUUGCAAGUCUUAACAUUUGGAUGACGAUAAACUACUUUAGCUUUUUUAGUUAAUCCUAACCAUAACCUUGGUAAACAGUUCCCUUCCGUGCAGAGAAAUGGUGUUUCUAUGUCUGUGUUUCCUAGAAGACCAGAUUUCUAGAAAAACCAAAUUUAAACACUAAGACUUGAAGGAACUUUCGCUGAAACGGCAAUAUCCAUGGCCAUUAAUAAUGCAUAUGAAUAGCAUUUAGAAGAGUAUAAAAUGAAGCAAAGCAGACCAAAGCUGCAGUAGAGAUCAGCUACAGUCACGAAGGGAAGGUCGACAAAUUAAGAAACAAGAAGAAACCCAAGCAAAGGAGACAACAGCUAUGUUACACCAAUCAGUCCUCAUCAGAGAUAAUCUGGCCUUGAUUUUGCUUUUGCUUUGUGCCUCAACAAACUUAAUAUCAGCAACAGAUUCCACUUCUAAGAAGGUUUCGGAUUAUGACGUCCAAUUUAAAGAAUCUGGAACACAGUACACCGAGAAAAUUCAGGUGAACAGAGACAAGCAAACAGAAUUGUUUACAGUUCCUGCUCAUAAUGACGUGGAUGGAAGCAAUAUAUUGCACGACUUCAAGGCGAAUAUGAGCAUGUUGAUGGUACCAGACAAAAAGAUCUGUUAUCUUCUGCCUCUUUCCCGUGAGCUGCCUCCGCCAAGUAAGCUGGAAAAUGAUCUCGACCAAGCUGAGAAAAACAGCAGCGACGAGGCGACUACCAUUGACAGCAAGUGGGCUGUGGAUACUGAGGUAACCAAUCGAUCCACCCUCAGCGAGGAAUUAAGAAACUUCUGUCCAGACUACUCGAUAUAUCGGGUCCAUACCAUGGAGAAUACAUCUGCAUCAGAAGAGACUCAAGCAGAAGGAACAAAACAUAGAAGUCGUCGAUACUUGUACUGGCCCAUUUACUACUCAAGAGUGUGUCCAGGUGGACGAGGCUCUUUGAGUUACUCCGACCGCUCCUGUUGCAGUAGGGUUGGUGGAUACUGGCAGAUACGUUACAGAGUUUAUUCGCGUACAUGCUACUCUGUUCGCUCUUGUUACAGGUGGUGGUUCUGGUAUACCUGUCGAACAUGCCACUACAUAAAUUAUGUGUAUUGUUACGAAUAUAAAUGCCGGGUCUACUAAAACUCUACGAGGAAAUCUAGCUCUUUUUACCUUAGACACAUCUUCGCUUUUUCCAUGGUGCCUUUUUGCAAAAGUGUUUUGAGUAACUCAAAAAAAGCGUUAACACUAAUCCUUUUGACAAAAUGACUCCAUUCCAGUCCAGGCCAGGAGAAACCGUGAUGUAGAACCAAUUGCUUAUGUUGAUAUUUUUUGCACUACAAAAUUUUAUCCGUGGAUGCUACCUAUAUUAGCACAGGGACUGGAAUACAUGACAAAAUCCAGUAUCAAAUGAUUAUGAAUUCCGUUUUCUCUGUGCCAAAUGAAAAGGGCUUGAUUAUCCUUGUUUUCACUUUACUAUUCCCAGGCCCUCUGGAAUGGAUGUUUACCUUUCCAUGCAGCUAUGCUUUAUUAGUAUUGCUGUUUCAAUUUUCAGCGUAUUUGUAGGUGCUAUUAAUAAACCAUUAAAAAUUAUAAAGCCAAUUUUAGAGAUCUAGUCGUAAAUGAGAGUGAGGCUCUGACUCAACUAUCAAGUCUAUGGUGAGUCUCUCACUCAUUCAGCAAAACUCUUGGAAAUACCCUGCGAGAAAGUUUACAAAAUUCUGUGGAAAAAUAUGACAACCUGCGUGUAAUUUGAAACUAGAAAAGCUUUUGAUUAUAAAUUUUAAUUUUAUUUCCUCAGAAUAAAUGAUACGAUAUCAAACUUGCAGUUGAACUGAUGUGUGUGUAAUAAUUCUUUUUAAUAUGAAAUCAUGUAUUUACUGAGCAUACCAGCCAAGUUACAUGACCUGACCUCCUGGUAUGGAAAAAGAAUUGGUUAUAUUAAGAUAUCACUCAAGUUAUCAUGUAUCUUAAUAAGAAUUAAAUUUUUUAGGUAAGAGAAAGUGUUGCUUUGCUGCUUAUUUGGUCUUGAAAUAGUAAUUUUACAUUAGGUAAUAAAUGUUGGAUGGAGCCAUAAGUACCGAGAGAACUGAGUCGAUUAAAAAGUAGAAACACUAUGCUUGUAUUUGGUGAAAAAAGGUUAAAUAAAACGAGAACAUUGGUAAAUAA